GGCAGAUUUAUCUGGGCCACAGGGGCAGCGUCUUCUGCCCCAGGGGCAUGGCCCAAAGGCAGAACUAAGUGCCCCGAAGUCUUGGCGCUCAAGAUGCAGCUGGAGUGGGCCCAAGAAGGCAAGAUGUGGCUAGGACUUCUGCUGAUGCUUCUGCUUUGUCCAAGCCUUGAGGGACAGGAAAACUCUUUCACCAUCAACCACAUCUACAUGGAGAUCCUGCCAGGACAGGAGGUGCAAAAUGGGGAGAACCUGACCUUGCAGUGCAUCGUAGACAUCAGCACCACCUCGCACAUCAAGCCUCAGCACUGGGUGCUCUUCUAUAAGGAUGACGUGCUAUUUCACAAUGUCUCCUCCAUGGAGACCACCGAGAGUUAUUUUAUUCCCCAAGCCCGGGUCUAUGACGCAGGGACAUAUAAAUGCACCGUGAUUCUGAACAACAAGGAGAAAACCACCUCGGAGUACCAGGUGUGGGUGAAAGGAGUGUCUGAUCCCAGAGUGACACUGGACAAGAGAGAGGCAAUAGAAGGCGGGGUCGUGAUGGUCAAUUGUUCCGUCCCAGAGGAAAAGCCCCCAAUACAUUUCACAAUUGAAAAACUCAAACUACAUGCAAACGGUUUCAAGCAAAAAAGAGAAAAAAAAAAAAGUUCUUAUAACCAGAAUUUUGUGAUGCUGGAAUUCUCAGUGGAGGAACAAGACCAUGUUAUAUACUUCCAGUGCCAAGCCACGAUCUUUUCUGAGAACCACAUGGAAUACUCGAGAGCCAUCAAGAGUGAACUGGUCACCGUGACGGAAUCCUUCUCUAAUCCCAAAUUCCACGUCAGUCCUGAAGGAGUGAUCACAGAAGGAGAUCAGCUUCACAUUAGGUGCACCAUUCAAGUGACGCAUCUGGUCCAAGCAUUUCCAGAAAUCAUAAUCCAGAAGGACAAGACGAUUGUAGCAUACAAGAGCCAUGGCAACGAGGCCUCCUACUCAGUGAUGGCCAUGGUGGAGCACAACGGCAACUACACGUGCAAAGUGGAAGCCAGCCGGAUAUCCAAGGUCAGCAGCAUCGUGGUCAACAUAACAGAGCUAUUUUCCAAGCCGAAGCUGGAAUCUUCCGCCACCCGUCUGGACCAGGGAGAAAGCCUGAACCUGUGGUGCUCCAUUCCAGGAGCACCUCCAGCCAAUUUCACCAUCCAGAAGGAAAAGAUGAUUAUGUCAGAGUCUCAAAAUUUCACCAGGAUCGCCUCAGCGAGGGACAGUGGGACAUACACCUGCAACGCAAGCAUGGGCAAGGUGGUCAAGAGAAGCAGUGGAGUCCAGAUAACCGUGUGUGAAAUGCUCUCCAAGCCUAGGAUUUUUUAUGACUCCAGCUCCGAGGUGAUAAAAGGACAGACCAUCGCAGUCAGCUGCCAAUCCAUAAAUGGAACCGUGCCUAUUUCUUACCACCUUUUAAAAGCAAAUAACAUUUUGGAGAGCCGUGACAUGACCUCAAAUGAGCCUGCAGUAUUCAAAGACAACCCAACGAAAGAUGUAGAAUACCAGUGUAUUGUGGAUAAUUGUCACUCCCAUACCGAAAUGGCCAGUGAAGUUCUGUGGGUCAAGGUGAUAGCCCCGGUGGAUGAGGUCAAGCUCUCUAUCCUGCUGAAUGAGGAUGUGGAGUCUGGGAAGGCCGUCGUGCUUCGGUGCUCCGCGAACGAAGCAUCUGGUCCAAUCACCUUCAGGUUUUACAGAGAAAAAGAGACCAGUCCCUUCUACCAGAUCACCUUGAAUGACACCCAGGCCAUUUGGCACAAGGCGAAGGCUAGCAAGGAGCACGAGGGACAAUAUUACUGCACAGCCUCCAACAGAGGCAACCGGGUCAAAAACAGUCCCCAGAGCAACAUACUGACAGUCCGAGUCUUUCUUGCCCCAUGGAUAAAAGGACUUAUUGCAGUAUUUGCCAUUGGAGUGAUAAUUGCCAUCUUGGUACUUGGGGCCAGAUGUUAUUUUCUGAAGAAAGCCAAGGCCAAGCAGACACCAGUGGAGAUGUCCAGGCCAGCAGCACCACUUCUGAACUCCAGCAACGAGAAGAUGUUGUCAGAUCCCAAUACUGAAGCCAACAGACAUUACGGUUACAACGAAGAUGUUGGAAACCAUGCAAUGAAACCAAUAAAUGAAAAUAAAGAGCCUCUGACCUUGGACGUGGAGUACACAGAAGUGGAAGUGACCUCUCCUGAACCUUACCAAGGUCUGGAAUCCAAGGGCACAGAGACGGUGUACAGUGAAAUCCGGAAAGCUAACCCUGAUUUCAUGGAAAACAGAUAUUCUAGAACGGAGGCAGUUGUGUUUAGACCUAGCCCUGCAGAUGGGCAGACUUGCCCUUCCCUUGAGGCCAACUUCUAGAUGAGGGGAGGAGUCUUCCUCCUCAGAUCACCUGUCACGUGGGAGGGAAUCAUAGGAGACAUCUGGGUCUUCACCGGAACUUUGAAGUUCUAAAUAGGAAAUGUACUUGAGGCAGAGAAGGUGGUUAAAUUUCCUUUACAACUUUUGUGAUUGUGAUUCUGAGAGAGAAAACUGAUGUGGGAUGUCAUUAGCUGGUUUCCUAGGUAACUUUUUUUUCCCUUUGUUUUGUUUUGGAAGAAGGGAUUGGGUCCCUAGACCAGGUCCUCUGAUAACCAGAGAGGAGGCAUUUAUUGAAGACAAGAGUGAUGUGUUUUCUGGGAGACUUGCAAAUCUGGUUGGGAUGGCUUUAAGGUGAAUAUUAAGGGGAUAGAAAAGUAUAAAAAAAAAAGUAUACAGGAAAUUUGCAGAACAAAAUGACAUAGAGACGUCUGCGACUCAGCCGCAAUGUGGGCACCAAAGUGGUGCCCAGAAACUCUCAAGUGGAAAUUAGCACCAAAAGCUGCUUGAGAACAGCGUGGAGGGAAGGGGUCAGGAAUCUGUCAGCUCAUGCCUGGGCGUGAGCAGCCAAUGUCUCCAGGCACUGGAAACCUUAACAUCACUGCCAGGUAAAUAAGUGAUCUGCUGGUAGGUCGGAUUGGAAUAGAGCAAAGUAGUAUUGGUGCAUCUGGCCCCAGAGAAAAUCCUAGGAGAGACUCCUCUGUGUGCCUUGACCACAGAAGGCUGGCAGCAGGCCUUCCAGUCGUGACGCCAAGAGCAGGUAUGUAUUGUAGGACGGCCUGUCAGACUGAGGUGGCAGUGAUUUUGUUCCAUAGGCAGAUCUUAAAAGAAGCCCCUGGCAGAUGUAGUAGAUCGUGAAGACGUUUGUAGGUGAGUGUUAUUAGAAGUGGACCACGUGGUAAAUUUUAACACUACCUUGCUGAUAUUUUGCCUCUGAGAGCUGGUAGAGGGAAGUGUGUGUGUGUGUGUGUGUGUGUGUGUGUGUGUUGGUGGGGAGGGGCGCUGUUUGGACCUAAUGAUGACAAAUAAGGAAAAGCCGGUUGACGGUGUGGAUAGGGUAAAGGGAGCCUGUGACCGUGGCUCAGAAAUAAGCCCAGAGCUGGGGUUUAGGCAGGCUGGCUCCACAGCCCCUGCUCUUGGAACAUCUCCUACCUCCUGUUUCCUUUGAUAAAAAGAAUGGAACUGCUCCUCCCAUUAGCUGUACAGGAACCGUCUUGGUGUCCUCAAAUCCACAUGCCUGUUGGAAAUGACCUCUCGAGUAUCAGGCUAUAGCUAUGAGUAAUUUGAUGUGACUCCUCUUUGGUCUCCCAUCUGCCUCAACUGCCCCCCCUCCCGACCCUCACCCUCCCCGGAAGAGUUAAGAGUAGAAACUGCAGUACCUGUCCUAGAAGUCUGAAGGGAGUUGUCCUCAGGGAAAGUUGAGCUGCUUGCCCUGGCUAAGUUCAGAGGCAAGAUCGAAGUGGAAAAUAGGAGUAGUAGAAAACCCAUGGGAAAGGAGUUGCUUUUGUUUUAAUUUCUCAGGGUAGGCUAAUGUCUGUGGGGAUAUGAUGAGUGGUAUUCGAUCCUGUUGGGGUAGUAAAUAGUAAAUAGUAAAGCAGGAACAUUAAUUUUUUUAAGGCUAAAACUCCCAACAGAAAUGACUAUUGAUCAUACUCUGAGCCAGAGACUAAACUCGUUUGGUCAGUCUAGCUUUUGUCUUAAGGUUUGACUGCGAUCAAGAGGGGUGUUGGCAGAGGCUUAACAGCCUGAAGCGAAUUUUAUUUGAUGAGGUCUGAUUUGUGGCAUGAAAGUCUUAUGGAAGGAAAAAACCUAUCUUGAGUUUCUGAAUUAGGUGAUAGAGUUGCUUUGGCAGCAAAUGUAGGAAGGGCAGGGCCCAGAAUUUUCUGGGGCAGGUGAUCAAGAGGUCCUUCCAGCUAUACGAAUUUAUAAUGCCAGAAGUGUUAAUCUCAAAAAAUAGAAUUUUAAACAUGUUUAAAUUAUAUGUGGGCACCAAAGUGGUGCCCACAGCCUAGAAGUCUUCCAGGAAUUUCAGGUUUAGCUAUUUCUAAGUCCUAGCUGGAUUGUGGCCUAAGAAUUUUAGCCAUUUUGUGUGAUCUGUCAGAGUUGAUCCAUUAGCUGCAGUUUCCCCUCCCAGAAACAUCCUGCUGCUCCUUCUGGGCUCCCUUGAACAGCACUGCACAGAGGGGUUGGGCACUGUUGGUUGGUAAAUGUUCAGUGAGAUGGGUACUUUAUAGCAAGCUAAGGAAAAAGUGAUUUUUUUUUUUUUUGGCCAUGUUUUUCUAUUUUAGGAGAUCAUACAGGUGCCCCAGUUGGUGUUUAAAGAGGAAACGAGAGGUUUUUGCCACCGUAAAGCAGAGUGGUUACCUGGGUCAGCCCUGUCCGUACUUUUGCCCGUUGUCGUAAGGUGCAUAUCCAUCUCUCUCACUGGUGUGAUGCUAUUGCUUAGGGAGGGAGUGACCCUGCGAGACAAGCAGGAAGCCCUGAAACUAGCUUUGGAACCUUUCAUCCAACCAGCUUGUUGGUUUCAAGACAAAUUCUUUGGGGCUUGAGAAAGGACUCAUCAAAUGGGUUAUCCCCACAUUGAGUUAACAUGGGCUGGGUAUCCAGUGAUCCCUUGAGCAUUCAGCAGAUAAUGCUGCUCCCAAGACAGUGGCUGUGCUUGGGGACUGUCACGGGGCAGGUCCAGACUCUCUCUGGCAGUGAAAGUCAGUUUUCUGUGAGUCUCUUAAAUGAGAGUCUCUUAAAAGUCUUCACCCACUUUGUCAUUCUUUUUAAGGAAGGUCUUGAAGAAUCUUUUUUUUUUUUUUUUUAAAGAUUUUAUGUAGUUAUUUUGAGAGAGAGAGAAUGAGAGACAGAGAGUAUGAGAGGGAGGAGGGUCCGAGGGAGAAGCAGACUCCCUGCCGAGCAGGGAGCCCGAUGCGGGACUCGAUCCCAGGACUCCAGGAUCAUGACCUGAGCCGAAGGCAGUCGCUUAACCAACUGAGCCACCCAGGCGCCCAGGUCUUGAAGAAUCUUAAAGCAAGUAGUUGCAUAGCAUGAAACAUGAUACAUUCUUUUUUUUUUUUUAAUGUUUUAUUUAUUUAUUCAUGAGAGUCAGAGAGAGAGAGAGAGAGAGGCAGAGGCAGAGGGAGAAGCAGGCUCCCCGCCUAGCAGGGAGCCCGAUGCGGGACUCGAUCCCAGGACCCUGGGAUCAUGACCUGAGCUGAAGGCAGAUGCUUAACCAUCUGAGCCACCCAGGCGCCCGAAACAUGAUACAUUCUUAAUUAAGAAAUGGUUAUUUAGAUUUUUUUCUUCCUGAUUAAUAGCUUAGAAGUCAGUGUGCCAGUUUUUCUUUCUUUUUUAACUUAGGCAAGCACUUGAGUAUAUUUUGGAAUAUUUGCUUUUCAAUUUUUUUUGGUGGUUUGUAGCAUGUCUAGAAAGGAACCACCUAUUUUCCCAUUAAGGUCUUGGCCCAGGAGUAAAAAAAACCCCAUGAAGCUUUGGGAGGCACUAAGGACUGUUGUUUUCUUGAGGCAGAAUUUCACUUUGCUCUCUCUCUUGUCCUGCCCAGACUUCUAAAAGACCACACACCCACCAUCCAAAGGUUGUACAUCAAAACUUUAUACUUCUUCCUCAGAAUAAUGUAAUGAGUUCUUUAAAUCAGGGUUUUUAACCUUGAGGAAGAGAAGGGAGAAGUCUGUAUCUGCUUGCAAAUUGAAUGUGAAAUCUUGCGGGUAUUUGUGUACUUAUAUUUGGUGGUGGUAGGGUCUUAUGUUCAUUAGGCUUUCAGACAGCUAAAGUCUCUGUACCUCUCAUCUAGAAAACUGUAAAGCCAGCUUUUUAGAAAGGAGGCACCAAUUAACAGUAGGGGAAGAACCUAGAGCACAGACUGUAGGUUCCUGACUGGUGGGAGCCCAUGCACGCAAGCCUGGCUUCUCACUAGUCAUACCUGGCUACCCCUGGGUCCCUGAGAGCCUCUUUCCUCCCUACUGGCCCCUCUCCCCUCUUCAAAUCUGUAAGGUAUCCUUUGUUGGGAGGGCACUGGAUGAACUUGUCCUACAAGCCAGGUGCCAUGUGCCAGGAUAUUUUGUCUUUGGUUUCUUUAGUCACUUCCUUUUGUUCAAUGCCCUAACUGCCUCCUAACUUCUUGUAGGCCUCUCUCCUCAUUUUUCUUGUGUUUCUCUCUUAUAUCACCUUCUCUUCCUCCCCUCCUCCUCCCCCUCCCUUCCCCCCCCCCCCCUUAAUGUGUUCUAAGUUAAUCAGUUCCCUGCCAUUGGCUUUUCUGUUCGGUCUGGUAAUUCUUGUCUGCAGCCAGAAAGGGGGCCCUGAGCUAGACCCUGAGCUAGACAGAGAACCGGGAAGCUGGUCCUCCCAGCCCUGUGGUUCUGGAUGGUGGAUCCUGCCCCUCCCUGGGAUGCCUUGGGGUCCAUCCUAGAAGUCCAGCCAUCUGCUCUGGUGGCCUCCACCCAGCCAGGAACACACAUAUGGAUUGGCUGUCACAGGCCCCUGCCUUUCCUUAUGGACCUCAUACGUAUCCUAUCAUGGUGAGCUCGGUUCAUGAAAGUAUUUUUUUGUUGUUUUAUAUUCCUUAUUCCAGUGUUGCCAGAGGCAGAAACGACAGAAGUUAUUGCUUCCAGAAAGACUGUUCUUCCAGGGGCAGGCCAAUAUAUAAGGGAGCACUGGUGACAAAUGUGCAUGAUUGCAUCAGCAGACAGUUAAAUUACAGUAAAAGAUGGUCAUUUUCUACCUUUGGUAGUUUAAGCUUCUUUCCCUCUCCGAAUUUCUCCCCGUGCUCUGGGGGGCUAGGUGUCUGGGCCUGAAAGGGUUUGGGAGGAAGGUCUUCUCUUGCUGCUUUUGAGGAUUCAUUAGCCCCUUGGCAGCACUCACCUUCACACGGAGGUGGGCAUGUGAUCCAGAAGGCUCUGCUUAGGAAACCAGAUCUCUUAACUGAUAGAGCCAUCUCAUGAGCUGGUAAUGCAAGCUGUUGGUAAUUACAAAAAACCUACCGUGAAAUUCAUCUAAAAUUAAUGAAGAGUCAGCACUGUGGAUUUUAAAUACAGAGGAAGUUAUGGCAUCGGCUCUCAGUUACUUGAGUAGAUUAUUUCUUGCUCAUCUUUACGCCUUUAGCUGGCUUCCCUUUGCACCCCAUUGUGCCCGUGGGCUCCCUUCCCACUCUGCUCUGCUCGGUUCACAUUCCUCCCAUACGAACCCAUUUUAAUGGGAAGCUACCGAAAAAUGCUGUGCCUUCCCAAAUCAAUUGUUUGGGAUUGUCCAUUCCAUUUUUCUCUUCUGUGAACACAGAGAAGUGAAAGGUCCAAUGUAUUUAAAAGAAAACAGUAAAAAUGUAUGGAGAACAAAUCCAUGUGCGUGAAAACCAGCUAGAUGAAUAGAACAUGUCUGCUUUUCCUGACACUCAUUUUUUUUUUUUAAGGAACAUUGUUCAAUACUUUAUUUUGUGUGUAUGUCAACAUUUGAAGGUCUCUAGAUCAGUAAUUACAUAGACUGAGAUAAAUGGUUAAGGUAUUUUGAGGCUAAAAUUUGUAUUGCUUUGGUGAUGUACUUUAGGUGUAUCAUCCCUUGAUUUAAUAGGAAGGAUCUUUGGUCUAUAUGUGCUUCUUUGUGACUUGAAGAGCAACUAACUAUUCCAUUUAAACAGAUUUCAGUUAGGACAAUGGUUUUUUUUUUUUUUUAAAGAUUUUAUUUAUUUAUUUGAGAGAGAGAAUGAGAAAGAGAACACAUGAGAGGGGGGAGGGUCCGAGGGAGAAGCAGACUCCCUGCUGAGCAGGGAGCCCGAUGCGGGACUCGAUCCCGGGACUCCAGGAUCAUGACCUGAGCCGAAGGCAGUCGCUUAACCAACUGAGCCACCCAGGCGCCCCAGGACAGUGGUUUUGAGACAUCUCAUAAUGGUACCGUUCUCAGACUCUUGGGAUAGAAUUGUCAAAUUAUAGCAAAUAGCGUUAGAAAUAAUUUUGCAAUUUUCUAAGCAGAUUGUAAUUUCUCCUUCUUUACGUCUAGUUGUUCUGGAAAUAAUAGUGUAAAGGUACCUUUUUCCAAAACUGAUUAUUUUCCAAAUACGGUGGUACCUUUUGGUUUAGAAGAAAUGAUAGAGGAAGAUUGUGGUCCAGGAGACAAGCAGAGAACAGGGUUUUUUUUUAGCCUUUCUUUUAUUACACCUUUGGCCACAUUUUUGAAGAGAGACCAAGAAUUGCCAUAUGUGUGAAAGAAAAUUGGUAACUGGGUAGACUUGAAAUGAAAGUGAGAUUUUCAGAGUAACAAGGUCCACUUUCUUACGUGGCUUGUAGAAACAAAGGAUGUGCAAUCACAGUAGGUCUAGCAGCUGGGGUUGGUGGAAGUGGAGAGUUCAUGGAAUCUGAAGGAUACUUAAGUUGGUAUGAUAUUUAAAUUUCCAAGUUAGAAAAAGCUCAUCGAGAACAAUGGUUUGUUAAAACCAAAAUAGAAAAUAAAUUUUUAAAAAAUGGAAGGGGGAAUGUGCACGUAUGCAUCUUAUAAGAUGUUGAAAAAAUUUUAAAUACCUGGGACACAGUUUGAGGAGGGGCCCAGAGCACAGUGGGAACAGUGCCUUAAGGAUUACAUUUGAUGUAGAAGCACUCAAAGAAGAAACUUGCCCAGGAGGAAAGUUUCUGUGGAGAUGUGCCCUGCAUUUUGAGUGAGUGAUGUACUGGAGCACUGCAAACUCAACAUUGAUUUUGAUCAUUCUUAUGAAGCUGGAUAAAAUAAUGUUGUUUCUGAGGAAAAAAUAGUUGUUAUCAUGAAGUGUCAAGAGCCCUGCAGUGGAAAAUGCCAACAGCCAAGAAUCCCAAACAAAUUCCAGAAUCAACAUCCUAGGUGCAGACCUCACGCUGACAUACCAUCUUGAUUUACCUUACUGUGAUGUCCAGUGGGUUUUUGUUGGGCACCCCAGAAAUGCACGGGAUCCGUACCCACCAAACAGGUGUUGCAGCUAGUACUUAGGCUUCCUAGUAUUUUUCCUGGGAAAAAGUGUUUGAUCUGGAACAGUUCCCAACUGGGUAGAAACCUUGCUCACCAGAGGUGGCUCUGAGAAACUUUGGUUUCACGUGCCUGGGUGGCUCCGAUGGUUAAGCAUCUACCUUGGGUUCUGGUCAUGAUCUCCAGGUCCUGGGAUCAAGCCCCGCAUCAGGCUCCCGGCUCAGCGCAGAGUCAGCUUCUCCCUCUUCCUCUGCUUCUCCCUGCUGUUCAUGCUCUCUCUCUGUAUCUCUCUGUAGCAAAUGAAUAAAUAAAAAAACUUAAAAAAAAAAAAAAAAAACAACUUUGGUUUCCCAAAAUAACGGGUGAAGUUCUGCUACCCCUUAAAAGAGCGGUGUUUUAACUUUUGGAAUAUACGCCCCUUCGUGCCUCUGAACACUAGAAAACUACACAUGUACACACAGACCCAGUUUGGCCCGUAGGAUGUGAAGAACCCUUGAUGUAAAAUAAAAUAGUAAGAUGGAAGGUUUUGAAGAGAAUGUGAGGAAGGAGUUUGCUGCUGGUACAGAGGCCAUUUUCCAGUGGAAGGUAGAGGUGCUCUCUUGGGAGUGUACUUUGUGCGUUGUUGGGCAGUAAGAUUUAGCAGGGCUCGAACACGCAGCCAGGCCUAUUUUGAGAGAGUUGUACACUCUGAGAGUAGUGCUUCCAGAAGGUGCAACUCCCUGCUGCCCUCAAGAGCUGGGCCCAGUGUUUGCUGUCAGAGGCUUUUGGGAGAAGGUCUUUGUAAGUGCGGUUAUUUAGCAUGCGUAUAUCACAAAGCAGUACCAAUUCUACAUUUAUUUCCCUCAUUACUCUUAUCCUUUUCCCCUUAAGAAGACUGACACAGACAUUGACCAAGUGGGUUUUAAGAGCCUAAAUUAAUUUGUUAGAUAAAUUGCUUCUUAUAUAAGUUAUAAAGGAGGCAUUGCAUACUUUAUUAUGAAUAAUGUGAUUUCAGAAUUCUCCCAUUUGAGAAUAUGUAUUUUUAAGAAAGUGCCUUAUAAGAACUGCAUGUAUUGGAUUUGCAGCCUGCUUUCAAAUCCUCUGUUCCACUUUCCAGUGGGGCUGGCAUGUGAGACAAGUUGGGAGUGGGGUGGUUCUGGUCCAAAGGCAGGCCCAGGAGCUACGGACACCUUAGAGUUCUGUUGGUGGCAGCAGCUCUGCGAUGUCCACUUCUAAACCCCUGGUAGAUGGUGACUUGCAGAGGAGCUCUUAUUUAUGCCAUCAAGAUAUAUAGGGUGCCUGGGUGGCUCAAUUGGUUAAGCAUCUGACUUCGGCUUAGGUCAUGAUCUCUGGGUCCUGGGAUUGAGCUCCCUGUUGGGUUCCCCGUUUGGCGGGAAGUCUGCUUGUCCCUCUCCCUCUCCUCUGUACCUCCCCCGCUCCUGCAUGCAUGUGCACGUGCUCGCUCGCUCUCUCUAUAUAUAAAUAAAAAAUCUUAAAAAAAGAAAAAAGAUCUAGAAGUCACCACCACCCAGAGGUAUUCCCUUUUUCUCCUGAAGGAUCCUUUUGUUUGACAGCGGCUGGCUUGGAAUUUUGGUUUCCUAGAAGAAAUGCAUUUUCCCAGCAGAGACAACAUUAUAUAUACACAGUGGUUCUGUGGGAAAACAGAGUUAGGAAAGGCUUGUGUUCCUGCAAAGGCUACCACCCGGUAGAGACGAUCUGGGUAUGAAGUUAGAUCUCAUUUUCUCCUAGCAAGUGUUAUAAUAUGUUAUAUUCUGGAGCUAAAACCUGAUGCCCAGUUGCUAAAAAUAUACUGGGCUGUAAAUGAUAUAUUUAUUGUCUAUACCAUAUGGAAUUCUCUGAAAAGGACAAAAACAGGUUACUUAGGUAUUAGGUGCCAUGUUCUUUCAUUCAUUCAACUAAUAAAUAUUUAAGUGCCUACUCUGUAGGGCGUAUGUUCUGUGGGCUGAGAGGUAAUAAGUAGGUAGCCAUGUAACACAAUGUCAGGUAGUAAUACCGUUCUUAAAAAUAAGGGGAUGGGGAGGCCGUGCUUUUAGGAUAAGGUGUUCAGGAAGGUUUUUUCUGAGGAGAACUUAGAGCUGAGUCCUGCCAUUGUUUUUACUACAACCAAUUUUGGGGAGUAACAGUUGUCUUUGGGGCCAUGGAAUUCAGUGAGGCUUCUUUGCAGAGAUUUUGACCAAGUAAUUUGAAGGAUCUUUUGAGGAGUUGGGACUUUGGUAUCAGUGACCUUUUGAGAGAGUGACUGGCCUUAUUCUGGUUGGUACCCUCUUUUUCUUACUGUCAGUUUUCCUGUGGCAGGAACAGGAGGAGAGAGAGUUGCCUUUGGCUGUCAUCCUGGCCGUCCAAAGCAGCAGACCGAGCAUCUCCCUGCUCUUGGGUUGGCUUCGAGCUUGGCCACUGAACUUGCUUUCUGACAAAACGUUUUGCAUGCCCAACGGUCUUUAAAAUGCGGGAACAGACCCUUUACUUGUCACUCCACAAGGUCUGACAACCUGAAUGCUUUCCCUGGAAGGGUCACCACAUCCAGAGGCCAGCUGACCUGGGCUUGGCCCCAAGUCCCAGACACAGAGGCCUGGCUACAGGCUGAAGGGUUAGAGCUGUUGACCUAAGGCUAUUUUUUUUUUCCCUCCUCAGUGUCAUUUGUAAGCAUUGAAUCACGAAAUUAUAAAACAACCUUGUAGGAAAUAGUUUAUACUUCUUCCAGCGAUGCUGUCACUGUUCAAAACCUUUUCUCACACGUGGGGCCUGUUAGUUAGCCCCACGGUUCUCCCCUGUACUUGGUAGUCCCAGGAUACAUUAAUAACCACUAUUUGCAUAGGGCUGCAAUGGACAGACCCAGGGCCAUACCUCUGCCCUUAGUCCUCACAACAUCCCGUUGUUAUUGCUGCCCCUUUGCAGACCAGGAAACUGACCACACCUGUUAAGGAAGGAAGGGCACUAGUCCUACGAGGAGAAGCCCGUAUAAAGGCUAGUGUGGAACCUCUUUCAUCCCCACACAGAUGCUGUGAGGUACACUUUAUUUGUCCCCUUCUGUAGAUAAAAAACUGAAGUGCAAAAAGAUGAUGUAACUAGCCUGAGGUCACAAGCUGGUGAGGGGCAGAGCUGGGUUUGCUCCCCAUCUGAUUUGGAAAAGCAUGCUCUUACCAUCCUGCCAGGCGCCUCCCUCACCUGCCUGAAGCCGCCUGUCCCUUGCUUCCUUCUUCCCUUUGUCACUCCUGCUCUGCCCUCCCGCUCUUCAGUAUCACCUUGGCCACUUUGCCUGGUACCUGAGCCGGCCUCCCCGAGUCUGUGUCAGGCGGGUGGGCGGUGCCAAGUUGAGCAGUGCUUCUGAGAUCCCUGGAGGGCUCACAGACUUUACACAUUUGUGGACGAAGAGCUUUAUACACACACAGACAUGCAUGCAUGUAUAUACAUAUACUUACAUACGUGUCUGUGUGGAGAUACAGAGGAAAAUUAAACUGUCACUCUAGCAUAUCAGACAUUCUUACAUUUCUGAACAUUGUGUGAAUCAGUGUAGGUACUAGUUUGUGUUUUUUCCUCAUUUAUCAUCAUUUUGUUUGCAUAUUGCCUCAUUUCUAUAUCAUGCACAUACUUGCUAUUUGUUGUUGUUUUUUAAAAGAUUUAUUUGAGAGAGAGCGUGCAUGCGCGCACGAGCAGGGGGAGGGGCAGAGGGAGAAGCAGACUCCCUGCUGAGCAGGGAGCCCACUUGAGGCUCGAUCCCAUGACCCCAGGAUCAUGACCUGAGCCAAAGGCAGAUGCUUAACCAACUGAGCCACCCAGGCGCCCCCAUACUUGCUAUUUGUAAGGACUAUGUGAUAUUUCCUGUUAACACACCUAGGAUCCUUGGUUGACUGAUUGAGUUGUUAAGCUUUGGGGCCUGGCAAGGAAUGUACCUGAUAGCAUUUCUUCUUCAGGAAAAAAAGUUCUGGGUUUGGCUUAAGAAUAAGUGGUUUUGCAAAAUUGUUCUGUAAAUUAGAGGCAGCUUAUUCACCAUAGUUUCAGUGGAUUUUCGUUGGAAACAUGUAGUAGACAUUUGAUGAAAAACAAAUACUUGUUUUUUCCAGAUUGGAGUUCACAUUUGGAUCCCAAUGUUAAAAGCAGUCAUAACUAAGACUUAUAAAGCCUUUUUGGGUGUGAUUUACAUGUCUAACCAGGCAAAACCCUUUUCAGAAGCUAGAGUAGAGAGGAUUGAAUCGACAAAGAAAACUUUUUAAAAAUUAAGGUUAUCUUGAGGCUAAGGAUGAAAUUGACGGGUGAUCACAGAAAACACCUUCCGAAAUAAAUAUCCCAGCGUUCGACUUCUACAGCAGAGGAUUGACAUCGAGCAAGUAGCUGCUGUUUCCUUUUCCCUGUGGUGUUGGGCGUCAUUAAAGGGAGUUGCCCAGACCUGUUUGCUUUGCAUUUCAGCCCUUACUGACAAUGAUGCCUUAGGCAAGUCUCUCAACUUCUCUGUCUCCUAGGCCUCGUUUGAAAUGAAAACACAGUUCCUGCCUCUUAGGGCCAAAAGAUGGAAUGAGGAGUGUCUUGAUGUAUCUGGGACUUAAAUCUUCAAUCAGAGUUGUUCUCCGUAACUAAGAACUUCAGAUGAAUUAGUGCAUGCCAAGUGAGCUGCCCGGAUGAUGCCAAGACUCCCCCCCCCCCCCCCCCCCCCCGCUCCUCAUUUUAGGAAACAGUUAUUUUUCCUGCUCCAGUUUGAAGUUUCUUGUUUGCUGCCUGGUUUAAGUUAGGGUCCCAAAAGUUGAAGAAUUGUGUGUGUGUGUGUGUGUGUAGAAUAGUAGAUGGCAUUAAAUUUCUCUUGAAAGAUGUUCCAAAAAAGUUGAACGUAGGCAGACAUUUCUGAAAUGGUUUUAUUGCAUAUGUUACUUGCACAGGAUUGUUAGAGGUUCAUGACUUCAAGAAAAUACUUUGUCAUCCAACAAAUUCUCUCUCUACUGUUGUGUUUUUAAAAUUUUUAAAUUAUUUUUUAAAGAUUAUAUUUUAGAGAGGGGGAGAGAGAAGGGGGGAGCACAUGUGCAGGAGUGGGGGGGAGGUGCAGAGGGAGGGGGAGAGGGAGAGAAUCCUCAGGCAGACUCCCGACUGAGCGGAGAGACCGACACAGGGCUCAAUCCCAGGACCCUGAGAUCAUGACCUGAGCUGAAAUCAAGAAUUGGAUGCUUAAUUGACUGAGACACCCAGGUGCCCCUGGUUUUCCAUUAUUUGUGAGGAACCAUUUGUCUCCCUUCCUGGUGGAUGUGUAAUAGUAUCAGUUAUUGAAUCAGAACUUUCAACACCUUUCUGACAUCCACCCAUGGAGGCCACCAAGUGUCAGACUCUUAACGAUGUCCCAAACUGAACCUAUUAUGUUCCCGCUAAACUGACCCUCCUCUUAUUCCCAGACUUGAUAAAUGGGAUCGCUGACCACUGUCUUGUAAGCCUAAAGCCUAAGGCUUGUCCUUAAAAGCACCUUCUUCCUCGUUCCCUAUGUCACCCACCAAGUCCCAUGCAUUUCAUCUCUCUCAGUCUCUUUCAUCUUCACAGCCACCUCCCUUGUCUGAGCUGCUGUCGCCUCUCACCUAAAAUGUAAGAGUGUAACUGACCAUUCUGAGUCCUUUCUUGGCCCCUCCCAGUCUGCUUUCACACUGUACCCAGAGUAAGCUUUUCAGAAUGUCCAUCUGAUCACCUGCAUACUGCCUCUAGACCACAUAUGAUAACCCUUCAGUUGUUCCUCAUUGCUCUUGGGAUAAAACCGGUUCCUCAAUGUGGCCUUUAAAGUCCUGCAUGACUUGGUUCCUGCUCACUCUUCCAGUCUCAUGUUGUGUACACUAAACCCACAUUCAAGGGUCCUUCUUUGGGCUCCUCCGUUAGGCUGUGCUCCUGCCUCAGGUCCCUUGCUCAUGCCAUUCUCCCUUGUGGACUGCCCACACUACCAUCCUAGCCAACUCUGACUCAUCCUUGAAAUGUCAGCCCAAUUCCCACUUGUUCCAGGGACCCUUCCAUGACCAAUCCUUAAACUGAUUAGGUUUCCCCACUGGCUGUACUCUCUUGGCACCCUUCAUGUUCCUUCAUAGCUCUUGCAUUGAUUAUUUGAUGGUCUCUGCCCCUUGUCCUUCUCUAAGCUCCCUGAGGGCUGUUCCAAUACUGUGCUGCUUUGUGCAUUGUAAGGCGGGACGCAAAUGGCAAGUACUGAGUGCAAAAACGUGUCUCUGCUCUCGGAGCUUAAACUCCACAUGUCCAACUAGAAAGGUUUGGCUGAGAUGAAAAUGUUUGUGCAAACAAACCUGUACCAGUGCAUAAAUUGUGAAAUUAAGAGAGCCUUAGAUCUACGAUCAACUCCAAAUGCUUGUUUUAUAUACGUAAUAAAUUGAGAGGAAAAUGAGUUUGCCUUUAGGUGUUGUUUUUGAAGUCAGUUUCUGUAUGGUAGUACCUUGAGACAUUUAGAUGAACAUUUCGUGGAGUGAUUUACAUAGGGAAAGUCUGUGGUAGCAACUGCCAGAGAUGGUUAGUAUAAAAGGGAAGGCAGAGACAUCAGUAAAGUCCCCAGGUAAUCAAUAACGUGGGUAGAACAUUUGCUACAAACAACAGCCUCAUUUGAUGCCACCUCUCACUGUCUCAGUGAAGCCCCAGCUAAUUGUGACCAACUUCCCUAAGAUGGAAAUAUGUGCCCAUAGCACACAAAAAGGGAUGUGCAGUAUUUUUAGGGUUAAGAUUUUCGUACAUGCAAUAGAACAUUUACUUAUAUACAGCAAUGAAGUAGGGGGGUGGGUAGAACAGGUAGUGCUGAGGGUGAUAUGGGCCUGCUGGAUUUCUUUUUGCUGUAAACUGUGGUUUACUAUAAGAAAGUCUUCCCAACGUGGAACAUAUUUCCUUAAUAGGUUGAUUAUCAUCCCAAGCAGGCUUUGAGGACCUGUAACAAUAGAGUGAAGAAUAAAGCAUUUUACCGCCUGUUCUGUGACUUACUGGGACUUUUUUAAAAAGUACUUUUCAUUGCUUUCCUGAGUUGUCUUCAGACUCAGGGUCCACCCUGGAGCUGGUGCUCCCGCUGGACAGACAGUGUGAAGGUCUUUGUCUUUCAGCGACGGGCUUGGCAUGCAGCUAGUGCUCGGUAAAUGUUGAAUGGAUGGAAGUCCUUCUUCAAGCACAGAGCACCUGUAGAGAGCUUCUGUUGCCUGUGGAUUGAUUUGUCCUUGGAAACACCCGAAUGAGGCAGUUAGUAGGGGUGGAGAGCAUGGCCUUGGAGCGUGAGCCCUAGCUCUGCUAGUCAGUGGUUUUGUUGCCUUGGUAAGUUGCCCAGAACACUUUCAUCCUUUUUCCUCAUCUGCAAAAUGUGGGAAUAAUAAUAGCUCCUACCUCACCGAGUCAUUAGGCUUCAAUGAGAUCUUGUUGGUAGGGUCCUGAGGCCUGGCCUGUGUAAAAGUUAAUUAUCAGAAUCCCUCUGAUACAUCCUCACAGGUCCAGAUCGUGUCUGACUUGGAUCUCUAUGGGCCUCGGCCCUCCUUUCCUCCGAGAAAUAAUUCCUGCUGCUUUGGGUGACAGGGACAUGUACUGCUCAGUACCUAGACGGUGCUCUUUACCAUGGAAAUUUAAAUGGCUGUCAUAA